AUGCGGCAGGAGCACAGGCAGGAGUACGGGCAGGAGUUCCGGCAGGAGUUCCACCAGGAGUACCGGCGGUGCCUGGAGCAGGAAUUCGGCCCCGCCGGGCCCUGCCCGGACCCCGCGGUGGCGGAGCGGCUGCGGCAGCGGCUGCGGCGGGAGCCGGCGCUGCUCGGGGCCCUGCAAGAGGACGGCCCGGCCCUGCUGGCCCGGGGGCUGCGGGGCCAGCCCGACCCUGAGCUGGCGCUGCGGGGCCUGGCUGGCGCCUUCCGGCUGCUGGAGCUGGCAGCCCUCAACCUCUACCUCUUCCCGUGGCGCCGGGAGUUUGGCACCAUCCAGGUGAGCCCCGCGGUGGUGGGGGGAUGCUCUGGGGGUCUCCUGACACCUCCAGCCAUGCCCCCGCUUUCCCUGCAGACCUUCUCCGGCGCCUUUGUGCACCUGCUGCGCCCGGCGCUUCCCGAGGGCGACCUGCUGCGGAGUCUGGGCCGCCUGGGCUACGAGCAGCGGGACCAGCACCGCCUGGCUGUGGCCCGGCUGCCCUCGGGGCCGGUGCUGAUUGCAGCCGCUGCUGGAUUCCUGUGCUGCCGGCUGGAGUGCGAGAUCCUGGGGGAGCUGGCGCUGCAGCUGCAGCCACGCCAGCCCUGCGCCGAGGAGCUGCUGGAGGCACGGCACCGGGCCAGGGAUGGGCAGAGCUGCCUGGAGCUGCUGCGGGACCCGGGGAUGCAGUGUGGGGCGGCUGCUGACUGCAUAGAUCUGUACCGGGACACACUGGACAUCCCCGAGGACAUGGGGGGCGAGGACACAGCCCCCCCAGCACUGUGGAGGGACCCUCAGGACGUGCCCAUGAGGGGCUGGGGACACUGCAAUGAGCCGGAGCCUGUGGGCAGUGCUGAGCCAGACACCUCUCACCUCUUCCUGGAGCAGGAGUUUGCAGGGGGCAGCAGAAGCCCCCAAGUGCUGGGGGAGCCCCAGGAUUGCCCCCAGGAUGCCCCGGAGCUGCCUUGCUACCAGCUGCACUCGUGCCUGCGCCGGGGCACGCUGCCCUCGUACUGCUGCAGCACCUGCCGGCAGCUGCACACAGGGGGCUGUGCCACAGGCCGUGCCUGCCGCAGCCGGCACCACGGGCAAGAGCUGCGCGGGGAGCGCCAGCAGCGGCUCUGGCUGCAGCGCACGGAGCUGGACAUGCUGCUGGCCGAUGGCUCUGGACCCCACUCCUAA